UUUCUUCAUAUCUUGCCAUCAAAACACGCACACCUCUCCCCCUCUCCCUCUCAUGGAUUCCCCUCCACGCUCCUCCGUCAUCAUCAUCGGCGCUGGAAUCUCCGGUGUAUCCGCAGGAAAGGUUUUGGCGGAGAAUGGAAUAGAGGAUAUGGUGAUUUUGGAAGCUUCAGACCGUAUAGGUGGUAGGAUCCGAAAGGAUAAUUUCGGUGGCGUUUCGGUUGAGCUUGGAGCCGGUUGGAUCGCCGGAGUUGGUGGUAAAGAGUCCAACCCUGUUUGGGAACUUGCUUGUCAAUCUGGCCUCCGCACUUGUUUCUCUGAUUACAGCAAUGCUCGCUAUAAUAUCUAUGAUCGCAGUGGGAAAAUAUAUCCUAGUGGAGUGGCGGCAGACUCGUAUAAGAAGGCGGUAGACUUAGCAAUUGAGAAUCUGAAGAGUUUAAAAGCAAACCUUGCCGGUGAAGUUAAUGAACCGCCUAGUUCACCAAAGACGCCAAUAGAGCUUGCCAUUGACUUCAUCCUUCAUGACUUUGAGAUGGCAGAGGUAGAGCCAAUAUCAACGUUUGUAGAUUUUGGAGAAAGAGAAUUUCUAGUAGCAGAUGAAAGAGGCUAUGAGCACCUGCUUUACAAAAUGGCUGAGAAUUUUCUUUUUACCUCCGAGGGCAAAAUCUUGGACAACCGUCUCAAACUCAACAAGGUUGUCAGGGAAUUACAGCACUCGAGAAACGGCGUUGUUGUGAAAACGGAGGAUGGUUGCAUCUUCGAAGCCAAUUAUGUGAUUUUGUCAGCAAGCAUUGGUGUCCUCCAGAGUGAUCUCAUUUCCUUCAAGCCUCCCUUACCCAGGUGGAAAACAGAAGCCAUAGAGAAAUGUGAUGUGAUGGUAUAUACAAAGAUUUUCCUGAACUUCCCAUACAAAUUCUGGCCAUGUGGUCCCGGAAAAGAGUUCUUCAUCUAUGCUCACGAGCGAAGGGGAUACUACACCUUCUGGCAGCACAUGGAAAAUGCAUAUCCUGGUUCGAAUAUCCUGGUCGUGACUUUGACGAAUGGGGAAUCGAAACGCGUUGAAGCACAGUCUGACGAGGAGACGUUGGAAGAAGCCAUGGGGGUGCUUAGGGACAUGUUUGGACCCCAUAUACCCAAUGCCAUUGAUAUACUUGUGCCCCGCUGGUGGAACAACAGAUUCCAGCGUGGCAGCUACAGCAACUACCCCAUCAUUUCAGACAAUCAAGAUGUUCAUGACAUUAAGGCCCCAGUAGGACGCAUCUUCUUCACCGGUGAACACACCAGUGAACGAUUUAGUGGUUACGUCCAUGGUGGAUAUCUUGCUGGUAUUGACACAAGCAAUUCACUAUUGGAAGAAAUGAGAAAAGAGAAGGAAAGAAAAAGUGAGAGUCAAACAUUCUUGUUAGAGCCCUUGCUGGCAUUGACAGGAUCAUUAACACUCACACAGGCAGAGGCAGUCCCAAGCCUUCAUAAAUGUGACAUUCCUACAAACCUGUAUCUUAGUGGCAAGGUUGGUCUUCAAGAAGCGAUAUUAUGACUAGAUGGACCUACUAACGAAUCCAACUUUGAUGAUGCUAGCUAAUGAUGAUAAUAUGUUCGAUGUGAAAGGAGCUGACUGGAUCAAUUUGGACCCAAAUUCAAUCCGGAUCGUUCAUGCCCUUCAGAAAAUAGAAUGAAACGGGAAAAACUGCAGGAAAACAGGCAGAUGUAUGCGACGAGGUGAACAGACAUGUCUAACUCCUGAUGCUUAUAGAUUCGUAAAGGGCCUUGCCUGUUUGGCGCCUGGGAGGGGAUUGUUUUAGGCAUACAUGUAAAAUUGGCUAAUUGGGGAUCGAUGAAAACAAAGCAGACUUCUGAUUCUAAUUGUACUAGCCACUUGUUUAUACAAGAGAAUC